AGGAGGGAGCUGGAGAGAGGGGGGCCCCCCCGCGCCAACCGCCGGCGGAUCCAGCCGCUCCUCGGGGAGGACGGGCGGGCGGCCGGGGGAGGGCGCGCCGAGGCCCGCUCCGGAGCAGUGGCCGCGGAUGACGGCAGAGGCGCAGCCAGCCCCGCGCGCGCAGCCCCCUCCCCCUCGCCCUCCUCCCCCCCCUCCUCUUCCUCCUCCUCCUCCUCCUCCUCCUCCCGGCUCGUCGGCGGCGCAGAGCAGCGGCGGCAGCGGCGGCGGCGGCAGCAGCAGCCACCCGAUGUCUUCGGCGCCCGAGAAGCAGCAGCCACCGCACGGCGGCGGCGGCGGGGGCGGCGGCGGCGGCGGCGGGGGCGGCGGCGGCGGCGCGGCCAUGGACCCCGCGUCGUCCGGCCCGUCCAAGGCCAAGAAGACCAACGCCGGCAUCCGGCGCCCCGAGAAGCCGCCCUACUCGUACAUCGCGCUCAUCGUCAUGGCCAUCCAGAGCUCGCCCACCAAGCGCCUGACGCUCAGCGAGAUCUACCAGUUCCUGCAGAGUCGCUUCCCCUUCUUCCGCGGCUCCUACCAGGGCUGGAAGAACUCGGUGCGCCACAACCUCUCGCUCAACGAGUGCUUCAUCAAGCUGCCCAAGGGCCUGGGGCGGCCCGGCAAGGGCCACUACUGGACCAUCGACCCGGCCAGCGAGUUCAUGUUCGAGGAGGGCUCCUUUCGGCGGCGGCCGCGCGGCUUCCGAAGGAAAUGCCAGGCGCUCAAACCCAUGUACAGCAUGAUGAACGGGCUGGGCUUCAACCACCUCCCGGACACCUACGGCUUCCAGAGCUCCGCGGGCGGCCUCUCGUGCCCGCCCAACAGCCUGGCGCUGGAGGGCGGCCUGGGCAUGAUGAACGGCCACUUGCCGGGCAACGUGGACGGCAUGGCCUUGCCCAGCCACUCGGUGCCACACCUGCCCGCCAACGGCGGCCACUCGUACAUGGGCAGCUGUGGUGGUGCCGCGGCCGGUGAGUACCCGCACCACGACAGCUCCGUGCCGGCCUCCCCGCUGCUGCCUGCGGCCGCCGGCGGGGUCAUGGAGCCGCACGCGGUCUACUCGGGCUCCACGGCCGCCUGGCCGCCCUCAGCCUCUGCCGCGCUCAACAGCGGCGCCUCCUACAUCAAGCAGCAGCCCCUGUCCCCCUGCAACCCCACGGCCAACCCCUUGUCCGGCAGCCUCUCCACGCACUCCCUGGACCAGCCGUAUCUACACCAGAACAGUCACAACGCCCCAGCCGAGCUGCAAGGCAUCCCGAGGUAUCACUCCCAGUCGCCUGGCAUGUGUGACCGCAAGGAGUUCGUCUUCUCCUUCAACACCAUGGCGCCCUCGUCCAUGCACUCGGCCGGCAGCGGCUCCUAUUACCACCAGCAGGUCACCUACCAAGACAUCAAGCCCUGCGUGAUGUGAGACCACAGCCCGCGGGGCCCUCUGGGCACGGGCGGCCUGGCACGGGGACCCGGAACCCGUCGCAGAAACUGCUCUAUUCUUGAGGUAUAACCGUAGGCAGAAGACAAGGGUCUGACCCCUACCCACCCGGAUUAUUUGGAAAGGAGUCCCCAAGGCAAAGAAAGACCCAGCU